AUGCCUCAAGCACCUGAAACGAUUUUUACAAGUUAUCCAGAGACAAGCUUGCUGUCAAUUUCAAAUACCAGUUUACAGCAAAUGAGUUCAAAUGUGUUUACAAAUGCAUUAAAAUUGACAAACUUACUUAUACAGUAUGGAAACUUAACUACAAUAAACAAUAGAACAUUUAGCAAUUGUGUAAAACUGCAAAGUCUUCAAAUUGUCCGUCAACAACUAACGUCAAUUGAUGUUAUGGCUUUUCAAGGAUUAAUGGAAUUACAGAAUUUAUAUUUGAAUGAAAAUCAACUUACUUCUCUCCACCCUCUGGUUUUUUCAGUAUUACCAAAACUUACGUAUUUCAGCAUCGAAGAUAAUCUUUUAACAACAAUCGAUUCCCAACAAUUUGUCAAUAAUCCAAAAUUAUAUUCAUUUAUUUGUAGUGGAAAUCAAAUAAAAACACUUCCAAAUGAUCUUUUUCAAGCUCAAGGUAGUCUUGCAAGUUUUUAUGCAAAAAAGAAUCAAUUGGUUACUGUCCAAUCUUAUGGAGCAAGUUAUGUGGAUGCUAGUUUAAAUAAGCUUAGGAACUUUACUGUAACAAGUGGCGAAAGAACAAUUCAUAUUGAAAACAAUUUUAUUCGCAAGAUCAUUUGUGGCAGUACAAAUAUAACAGUUCAGCGAUUAUAUGCUGACAAUAAUUUACUUACAAAUUUUCUUUGCAUUCGAGACAUGGAGAGUUUGACAGAUCUUAGUGUUCUUAACAAUAAAAUGCUAAAGCCUACAAAGAAAGCAUUUUUAAAGUUAACAAAAUUAAGGAAUUUUAGCAUGUACAAUAUGACAAGAUUUUCAAUGAUUCCGGCAAAGGUUUUCACCCCAUUGACAUCACUGUCAAAUUUAAGAGUUGAUCGACUAGCUGCAUAUAAAAACUUGAAUAUAACACUUCCAAAUAUAAGUAUUCUUGCUUUGACAACAAACAAUUGGAACUGCACGUAUUUGUCAUUUGUAAAUUCACUCAUGAAAUCACAGCGUGUAAGCUUACUUUUUAAUAUAGCAUCAGAAAGAUCACGUUGUCAACUUUAA